UGCUUUCCUCAUCAACUGGUCAGUCAGGUCAGACAAUUUUGACGCUGAAUUGCAUUUGCAGAUAUCAAUGGCGUCCAACGCAGUAGCCGAUCAUGAUAAACUUUCUGGAAAAAGAGUUGCAGUCGUAGGUGCGGGUGUAAGUGGACUUGCGGCGGCGUACAAGUUGAAAUCGAAGGGUUUGAAUGUGACUGUGUUUGAAGCUGAUGGAAGAGUAGGUGGGAAGCUGAGAAGUGUUGUGCAUAAUGGCUUGAUUUGGGAUGAAGGAGCUAACACUAUGACUGAGGCUGAGCCAGAAGUUGGGAGUUUGCUAGAUGAUCUUGGGCUUCGUGAGAAACAGCAAUUUCCAAUUUCACAGAAGAAACGGUACAUUGUGCGGAAUGGGUUACCUGUGAUGAUACCCACUAAUCCCAUAGCGCUGGUCACAAGUAGUGUGCUCUCUACCCAAUCCAAGUUUCAAAUCUUGUUUGAACCAUUUUUAUGGAAGAAACACGACUCGUCCUCAAAAGUAUCAGACGCAUCCGUAGUGGAAAGUGUAAGCGGGUUCUUUCAACGCCACUUUGGACAAGAGGUUGUGGACUAUCUCAUUGACCCUUUUGUGGCUGGAACAAGUGCUGCGGACCCUGAAUCCCUCUCAAUGAAGCAUUCUUUUCCAGAUCUGUGGAAUAUAGAGAAAAGUUUUGGCUCUAUUUUAGUCGGUGCAAUCAGAACAAAGUUUGCUGCUAAAGGCAGAACAAAGAGUUCCCCUGGCACAAAGAAGGGCUCGCGUGGGUCAUUUUCUUUUAAGGGGGGAAUGCAGAUUCUUCCUGAUAUGUUGUGUAAAGAUCUCUCGAGGGAUGAGCUCAAUUUGGACUCCAAGGUUCUCUCUUUGUCUUACAAUGCUGGUCCAAGACAGGAAAACUGGUCACUAUCUUGUGUCUCAAAUAAUGAGACGCAGAGACAAAACCUCCACUAUGAUGCUGUAGUUAUGACGGCUCCUCUGUGCAAUGUGAAGGAGAUGAAUGUUAUGAAAGGAGGACAACCCUUCAAGCUAAACUUUCUCCCUGAGAUUAAUUAUAUGCCCCUCUCGGUUAUAAUCACCACAUUCACAAAGGAGAAAGUAAAGAGACCCCUCGAAGGUUUUGGGGUACUUAUUCCAUCUAAGGAGCAAAAACAUGGUUUCAAAACUCUAGGUACUCUCUUUUCCUCAAUGAUGUUUCCAGAUCGCUGCCCUAGUGACCUUCAUCUAUACACAACUUUUAUUGGUGGGAGUAGGAACCAGGAACUAGCCAAAGCUUCCACAGAUGAAUUAAAACAAGUUGUGACUUCUGACCUUCAGCGACUGUUGGGGGUUGAAGGUGAACCCGUGUUUGUCAACCAUAUAUAUUGGAACAAAGCAUUUCCACUGUAUGACAGAAGCUAUGACUCAGUCAUGGAAGCAAUAGACAAGAUGGAAAAAGAUCUACCCGGGUUCUUCUACGCAGGUAAUCAUCGAGGCGGGCUCUCUGUUGGAAAAUCAAUAGCAUCAGGUUGCAAAGCAGCUGAUCUCGUAAUCUCAUACUUGGAGUCUUGCUCGAAUGACAAUAAACCAGAGGACAGCUUAUAAACAUUGUCGAGGUUCGUCAGUUUUAGUCCCUUUUAAGUUUGUAAACUUGUAAAAUGCAAUAAGCCGUGGGAUUAACCAACAAACUCAGCAAAAUCCAGAUUCUCAUAGGCUAACUACGAUCAAUAUCCGUUUCCUAGUUGCAUCACUUGUCUUGAACAUUAUAUACUGAGAAUGUUUAGGAUUGAAGAAUCCUAAAAAAAGAAAAAAAAUUGCUGAUC